AUGGCUAUCCUUAAGCUUCUUGCUGUGGCUCUACUGGGGAGAGCUGCGUGUUUGAGCAUCCCGUCCAGCACGGGGGCGUCUGAAGAUCUCGCUAAAAGGGCUACCAGUUUCUGGUAUGCUAACAUGGACCACACAGGCCAGGCUCGCGGUUAUGCGCCGGACCUAGGCGAUGACUACAACUAUCCCGUAUAUAUCGCUGUUAAGCCAGGUGACGGCCCUGGAAUUGCGGCGGCUAUAAAUGAUGCGGGCAACGGAAAGAAGCGACAUUCUCAAUGGUUGGCAUCUCAACCAAGGGUCGUCUAUAUCCCACCUGGAACAUACGAAGUCAGCGAAACCAUCCGCAUGAACACCGAUACUAUUCUUAUGGGCGAUGCUACAAACCCACCUACAAUCAAAGCCGCAUCUGGCUUCUCGGGAGAACAGACCCUUCUGACCGGUCAGGAUCCAGAAACUGGUGGGAGGGGGGAGCUUUCCUUCGCGGUUGGAGUAAAAAAUAUCAUACUUGACACCACCAGCAUCCCAAGGGGUAAUGAGUUCACUGCGCUCGAUUGGUCAGUCGCUCAAGCAGCCCAGCUGCAGAAUGUCAAAAUUGUCAUGGCUUCGUCUGUUAACGGUAAGGGACACACGGGUAUCCAACUUGCGAGAGGCUCUACCCUUGGUCUAGCUGAUGUUCGAGUCGAACGUGGGCAGAACGGUAUUUGGCAUAACGGCCAUCAGCAAGCCCUCUACAAGAGUAUUUAUUUCUAUCAGAACACAGUUGGUAUGAAGAUCAACGGCGGCAAUACUAUCAGCAUUGUCGGCGCGACCUUCGAUACUGUUGGAACCGCGGUCAACCACGACGGCGGAGCGCCGUGGAUCGCGCUUGUUGACGCGAAAUCAGUCAAUUCCGGGGUAACCUUUGUAACUUCAGGAUAUCCAUCAUUCCUAAUCGAGAACCUGGAGAAAGACACGAACUCGGAUAUUGCCCGUGUCCGGGGAGAAACAGCACUGGGUCCUAAGAGUCAUGUGGACAACUAUUCAUACGGAAACACCGUGAACGGUAAUCCCAUCUACGGCCCAGUAUCGUCGUCGUUGAAGCGACCCGCCGCUUUGGCGCCCAAUGGCAGGUAUCCAGUUAUCCCCGCCCCCAACUACGCUAAGAAUCCCGUGUCGGACUUUAUCAACGUGAAGGACUCUGCCCAAAACGGCGGCCACAAAGUUCUGGGAGACAACACCAAGGACGAGUCCGAGGUGCUCAACCAAGUGCUGCAGUACGCGGCGGACCACAACAAGAUUGCUUAUUUCCCGUUCGGAAAGUACAGGAUCGACGAUACUCUAAUCAUACCGAAAGGCUCGCGCAUCGUUGGCGAGGCUUGGGCUACGAUCACUGGUAACGGCUCUAAGUUCAAAGACUCGACUAACCCGAGGCCGGUCGUCUCCGUCGGUAAAAAUGGCGACGUUGGCACGGCCCAGAUCCAAGAUAUGCGGUUCACCGUCUCCGAUGUCCUUCCCGGCGCCAUCAUCGUACAAUUUAAUAUCGCCGGCUCAUCUCCCGGGGACGUAGGCUUGUGGAACUCGUUGAUUACCGUCGGCGGCACACUCGGGGCUUCCGCACUAGCGGACGCUUGCAAGGACGCGGGCAACGAAUGCCAAGCGGCUUUCCUGGGACUGCACUUCACGCCGAGCUCGUCGGUGUACGUGGAAAACGUGUGGAACUGGGUGGCCGACCACUUCACGGAGGGCGGGGGCGGGUGCAGCAUCGCGGCGAAGGGCGGGGCGCUCGUGGAGUCGACGAAGGGCAUCUGGCUGCACGCGCUGGGCAGCGAGCACUGGUGGCUGUACCAGCUGAACCUGCGGAACGCGAAGAACGUCCUGGUCACCUUGUUGCAGUCCGAGACCAACUACGACCAGGGCGACAACGCCCAGCAGACCCCGCCGGCCCCCUGGACCGCGGACGCGAAGAACUGGGGCGACCCGGACUUCUCCUGGUGCAACGGCGGCGACAAGAGGUGUCGCAUGGGAUUCGCCAAUUACAUCCAGGGCGGCUCCGAUAUAUACACGUACGCGUCCGCGUCCUGGGCCUUCUUCAGCGGCCCGUCAUACCAGGGAUGCUCGGGAGAUUGUCAGGAUUACAUGCACUGGAUCGCCCAGACGCCAGCAAACCUCAACGCGUACGGUAUCUGCUCCAAGAGCACUCGUACGGCACUCCGGCUCGGAGACGGAACCAGCAUCGCCACGCAGCCAAACUUCGAAGGGUCCUGGGGUAGUUUGGUGGGCCGUUACACGCCGUAG